UGUUGUGGUUGUCCACGCCGCCAACACUUCUCUGAGUGUUAUCUUGCACAGAAGACCCACUCUGGGAGCCCACCACGCAUGGAGUUGACCUCUGACAGUGUGGUGGCAACACUGGAGAUGUCUCAAAUCAAAAGCAAAGACGAUGAGCCUUUUAACAGUGACGGUGACUACGAGAGCUUGCCACCUCAUGUCUCAGUGGCGACCCACAUGACAGCGGGAGCCGUGGCUGGCAUACUGGAGCACACGGUGAUGUACCCUGUGGACUCUGUCAAGACACGGAUGCAGAGCCUGCAGCCAGACCCAAAUGCACAGUACAGGAGUGUGUAUGAGGCUCUGAAAAGGAUCAUCCAGACAGAGGGGAUCUUCAGACCGCUGAGGGGCCUCAACAUCACCAUGAUGGGAGCGGGACCUGCGCAUGCACUCUACUUCGCCUGCUAUGAGCGGGUCAAACGCUCACUAAGUGACGUCAUUCAGAGUGGAGGCAACAGCCAUUUAGCCAAUGGCAUGGCAGGUAGUGUGGCCACUGUUCUCCAUGAUGCAGUCAUGAACCCAGCAGAAGUGGUAAAGCAAAGGAUGCAAAUGUACAACUCUCCAUAUCGAGGACUUUUGGAUUGUGUUCGAACAAUAACGCGUACUGAGGGUGUUGGAGCGUUCUACCGCAGCUACAGCACGCAGCUGACCAUGAACAUCCCCUUCCAGGCUGUUCACUUCAUCACCUACGAGCUGAUGCAGGAGCAUUUAAACCCCCACAGACAUUACCACCCCGGCAGCCACAUAGUGUCGGGAGCAGUAGCGGGAGCCGUUUCCGCAGCAAUAACAACUCCACUUGACGUCUGUAAAACGCUGCUCAACACACAAGAGAAUGUAGCGCUCAACUCCAUGAACAUCAGCGGCCACUUAACAGGAAUGGCUAAUGCCUUCAGGACUGUGUACCGGCUUGGUGGUAUAGCAGCCUUCUUCAAAGGGGUCCAAGCAAGGGUUAUAUACCAAAUGCCCUCGACCGCAAUUGCCUGGUCAGUGUACGAGUUCUUUAAGUACUUCCUGACAAAGCAGCAGCUGGAACAAGAGCCAGGACCUGGACCGCUGUAAAGGAAAAUGUGUUGGAGCAACCCACACUUAGACUGAUGAAAAAAAGCUCCAACCUAAAGGUGUGUGAGCUCAACUUGUUUUUCCACUGUUGAGGAAAUAUAUCAGUUAUUGACUCACAUGGAAGUCAGUGAGGUAGAGGUGUGGCAGUGAAUGGCUCUUCCUAUUGCUCAUUUACUGAAGUCUGUGUUUUUGAGUUAGGAUGAUGUUGCACAACCAGGGUAUUCUC